AUGAAGAGUGUCAACUGCUUUCGACCGACCUCGAGCCGCAGUUCUCGCGGCAUUCCCGCGGGGAGGCUCUCUCUUGGGGGGUACCGCUACCGAAAGACUUUGUCUUGGUCCAAGUACUUGGUGUCUUUUGGUGGGGAGAUAAAAGACGGGGGAGAGGAGGAAUGGAGCGCCGACAUGUCGCAACUUCUUAUCGGGAAUAAGUUUGCGGCGGGACGACACAGCAGGGUUUACCAUGGGAUUUACAAGCAGAAAGAGGUGGCCGUCAAGCUGAUCAGUCAACCGGAGGAGGACGAAAACAUGGCUACUGCUCUUGAGCAGCAGUUCAACUCGGAGGUCGCAUUGCUGUUUCGACUCCGACAUCCUAAUAUAAUCUCGUUCGUUGCAGCAUGCAAGAAACCUCCAGUUUUCUGUAUCAUCACAGAGUACAUGGCUGGUGGUUCACUUAGAAAAUUUCUCCACAAGCAGACACCCUUCUCUCUUCCUCUAAAGCUUGUUCUAAAGUUAGCCCUUGAGAUUGCACGGGGAAUGGAUUAUCUUCAUUCUCAAGGAAUACUUCAUAGAGAUCUCAAGUCAGAAAAUAUACUACUGGGGCAAGACUUUUCUGUUAUGGUUGCUGAUUUUGGUAUCUCUUGCCAAGAAUCUCAGUGUGGCAGCGGCAAGGGCUUUACGAGCACUUACAGGUGGAUGGCACCAGAAAUGAUCAAGGAAAAACAUCACACAAGGAAGGUUGAUGUCUAUAGCUUUGGAAUUGUCCUAUGGGAGUUACUGACAGGAUUAAUCCCAUUCCAUGAUAUGAACCCUGAACAAGCUGCUUUUGCCGUUGCAGAAAAGAAUAUGAGGCCACCUCUGCCCCCUUGUUCCCCCCUGGCGUUUAAACAUCUCAUAAAGCAAUGCUGGGACUCCAAUCCUAAUAAGAGACCACACUUUGAUGAGAUCGUACCAAAACUGGAAAUGUACAAGGAAUCUUACGAGGAAGACCCAUCAUUUUUCCUAUUUUACAAGCCAAGUCAGCAGGGGCCAUCUCGAUGGUGUUUCUCCAGGUAAAUCUCUACUAGCAGAUCUCCCACCUCUAAAAGACUAGUAGGCUUCUUAUUUUUACUAAAAUAUAUAUGCCUGGUUAUUUGUGGUAUAUAAUUCUUAGGCCUCUAUUUUCUUGUAUGUGCGGCCUCACCUAAAUAGGUUGAAGGCAUUGGCUCAAAUAUAUUUGUUGUUUCAGUGUUUGACAUGUAUAAUCUCUAGAACUGGUUCCAAUGUUUUGGUGAGAGCACAGCUAAAUUUGAGAUUAUUUUGGCACCUGACAGCAGUAAUUUGUGGCAGCAAAUUGUUAUGUAUUUUUGUAAGGGAUAAAAUUAUGAUUUUUUUGCACAAACAAUAGGUUUU